GAGCAAUAAAGAUGGCGAAUAUUUCGAGCUUUCGUUUUGUUCUCCUUAUGGCUGCAGGUGCCGUCAUUUUGUUCGUGAUGCUGGACGAAAGCACGAUCGGUGCCAGUGCAGAACCCAAAGUUCCACUGAAGAUUCCUCCAAAACUUAGCUCCAAAGUGAAACCGAGGCCGGCGACGCAAAAAGCACCGGCUGAUAAGAAACCUUCGAAACCUUCUGGAGCUGCUAAACCUGCCGGACCUCCCAGUCCUCCUAAUGUGCUUGGACCUUCGUCUAGUUCAACUGAUAGUGUCCUUACAAGUGCGGCAUCUGCUGUUAGCGGAAUCGCCAACGCUCAGCUCAUGUAUGGCGGCGGUGGCUAUGGUCGUUAUGGUUUCGGUGCCGGCGUUUAUGGUCCAGCUGCUGCCGCUGGCGGCGGUGCUGGAGGUCCUGCCGCUUCUGAAUCUGGCGAUAUCACAGAAGAAACUCAGAGCAAUGCUCAAGAGGGCUAAGCAUUGGUGAAAACUGCCUUCCGCAACUGUGCGAUCCAAAAAAAGUGAGAUGUGCAAUAAAUGUUUGUUGUGCCCUCA